UUCCCUAACGCCAAAAAAGCCGCGCCGAAAAGUCUGGCUGUCAGUAAAAAAGUGAAGAAAAAAAGGGUGGUGGACGCCUAGAGCUGGCGCGUUUUUAGAGUAAAAAAAAGAAUAAAAAAAUAAGAGAGCGAAGAGAUCGAUGAGUGAAAAAAUGACUCGACUAUAUUUUUUUCGUCCAUCCCCCUACAUUUUUCUUAUUUUUUAUUGCCGGCGUCCUUCCACCCAUCCUUCCUCUUCCCCUCCCCCCCCCUUCUCCGAUUGCUUUCCUCCUCCUCUCUUCUCCUUUUUUUUACAACAACCAACAACCCUUUUCUUUCCCCCAAAAAAAUUUUUUUCCACCCGCUCGCUAUUUUUUAUUUUUUUUCGGUUGGUAGAUAAGACAUUGCAAAAAUAUAUAGCGAACGAAUGAAAAAAAACAAAAGUACAUAGAGAGAGAAUAGAAAAAAAUGAGAGAAAAAAGGAGGACAAAAAACUAAACAAAGUGGUAAGUCGCUCAAUGUUUUUUAUAAAGGGCAAAAAAAUAUUUUGAUUACCCCAAAUGAUCAACAAUUAUUAAGUCAAUAAUAGGAAGGGAUGUUCAAAUUAUUCGAAUGUUUUCGGUUCACAGGGGUUUUAGAUUUUUUGACAGUUCCACAUUUUCAUAAACUAAUUCCGGAAACGCUGAUCCUG